UGGCUAGACUAUGUCAAACAAUAACACACCUACCUAUCAUCAAUCAAAUCCAUCUCAUGUAAGACCUUCCGUAGAACAACAGACUCGAGCUUCUUCUCAACCAAGGUAUGAUACAAUGAAUGCUGUUGCUGCUGCUGCUGUUGCUGCUGUUGCUACUACACCUUCCCAAUCCUCUCCACAAUCAACACAAGCUUCUCCUCCAACAUAUCCACAUGCUUAUCCAGCCAUGCCAAAUUUAGUAUUAACGCCUGGGAACACCACGUAUUCACCACAAGUGCGAACUGAAGAACCUGCUGAAGAGCCAUUAUAUGUGAAUGCAAAACAAUACCAUCGUAUCCUUAAACGUAGGCUUGCUCGUGCUAAAUUGGAAGAAAUAAGUCGCGUGGCUAGAGCAAGAAAGCCAUAUCUUCAUGAAAGUCGUCACCGUCAUGCUAUGCGUAGACCGCGUGGUCCUGGUGGUCGAUUCUUGACUGCUGCAGAAGUUGCUGAAUUAGAAAAGGCUGGUAAAUUAGCUGAACAAUCAAAAUCGAACCAACAGGACAAUGAACAACAGCAGCAACAAAGUACAAUACCACAACCACACAUGAAUUGGCAGCCCAACAUAAUGAAUCCACAAACUCAACAAGGAUAUUACGAACAAUCAUAAUCAUACACACACAUACACACACCUAAGCUUGAUAGAGUAGUAUCUUCUUUUUUUUUUAGACAAUAAAAACAAUGCAAAAAUAGAUAUAAUUUUUGUUUCUUCAAAGCAAAAUUGCG